AGAACAAAAACCAUCAGCUGUUUUCUUCCUAUAAAUAAACUACUCCUCUUCUCAACAUCUUUCAUCAUCCUCUUCUCCAUUUUUUCAUCAGAUUGAUAAACAAUAUUAAGCAGCAACAUGAACACUCCUGUCACUAGAACUUCUCUUGACCAGAAGCUGGCCAUGGCUAAACGCUGCUCUCAUGAGGGUGUUGUAGCUGGAGCAAAGGCAGCCAUUGUUGCAAGCUUUGCAACUGCUGUUCCUACUCUUGCAAGUGUUAGGAUGCUGCCAUGGGCUAGAACAAACCUUAAUCCUACUGCUCAAGCUCUCAUCAUUUCAACAGUUGCUGGUGCUGCAUACUUCAUAGUUGCUGACAAGACAGUGCUGGCUUCUGCAAGGAAGAACUCUUUCAAGGAUGUUAAUUGAUCAUCUUAUGUAUCAAAACCAUUAGUUCUCAAUGGUUUUUUUUUAAGAUCAGUGUUCUGUAUUAAUCUCUACAUCAAU